AUGUACAAGCUCACCCUCGCUGCUCUUUCUGCUCUCGCCCUCACUGGAGCUAUCACCAUUGAAUCUCCCGAUAGAGAUACCGAAUGGCAAUCUGGUACUUCCUCGCAAACUAUCUCUUGGAAAGCUGUUUCCACCGAUCCUGAUAGUUUUGUCGUUCAGCUUGUUAACCAGGCAGGAUACCUAUCCGACUCACCCGUCACCCUCAUCUCAGACCAAGCUACCGGAUCAGCCGACAUCGUCAACACCGCUACAGUCACUUACCCAAACGGUAACUGGCCAGAGGGUGUUGCUUUCCAAAUCAACUUUGUCACUUCCGAGAAGAGCAAUGCAGCUAUUUUAGCUCAAUCAAAUCAAUUUAACAUCACUUCCGGUGGUUCAUCAUCAUCAUCAUCAUCAUCGUCUUCUUCUGCUUCUUCGUCCAGCUCAAGCUCCAGCACUGCUACAUCUACUAGUACUGGAACAAGUCCUACUACUCUCACUCAAACUUCAUCGGCUGUCACGGUGACUAGUACGGAUGCUUCUACUACUGGAAAUAUCCCUAACUCUUCCAACUCUACCACCACUUCUGCCAACUCCGGUGCUUCCCCAGCUAAAUCUACGGGACUCUUCGCGACUCUCGUCGGAGUAGUAGGUCUCGCUGCUCUUUUCGCCUAA